UUGAGUCUUAUGUUCCGACUUCCGUUGAUUUUUUAAAUUAUUUAUUGUUGUCGAAGUUUUUGGUUUCGAUAUUUAUUACUUACAUAGCUAAAAUUAUUGUUAUUCCAUUUCUGGAUGUUCACUUUCAUUACUUUAAUAGCUGUUUUAUAUGACUUAAAGGUGAAUCAGUAUACAAAGAAUGCAAACAAAGUAAAACGCUAAUAUGGAAGGAUUUGAAGCUUUAUGCGAGGCAAGCUUAAACUUAGGCCGGGAACUUAAAGCCCAAGCUGAUAAUUUAUUUUGUGCUCAAGUUAAUGUGCCUUUCGAAGACGUCGUUACGAAGAAACAGGAAAACCUAUCCUUUCUUACUUCAAAAUUGCGCUUGUUACAAGCAAAGACGGUAUCGGUGCCUCCACAAGUGAAUGAAACUGAAAUAAAUGCUGAAGGAGUCAUCAACGACUACACUAAAACUGUGACCUUUAAACUUAUUGAACAGCAACUUGUGAAGAAUGUCACUCAAAGUAAUGCGGUGAAGGAGCUUCUAGCAACACCAGAUGAGGCUCUUGAACCUGAAUUAAUAGAAAGAAAGAAAAACAUCCUUGCAAUAGCUGCUGAAUUUUCUGAUAAGGAAUUGAAACUACAGCAUUUGUAUAACACAUUAAAAGAGGAGCAUAGCACAUUAUUGCAGAUGCGAAAAGAAUGGGACACAGUAAGGGCAAAACUAAAGAGUAGUCAAAGGAUAACACAGAAUAAGGAACAGAGCGAAGGACCAUUGUAUAGGAAACUUCAAAGUGUAGUUGCGAAAAUGGAGCAAAUGCGAUGGAUGAUACCUAAGCUUGUAAUAGCCAAGUCUAGACACUAUGAUUGGGCGAGUGACCCCAAUUCAAGACUCAAAGUGCUAGCACUAACACGACAAUGUUACACUGUACAAUCAUUUACUGACAACUAGCUAUUAUGUUAUUAUUAAACAUAGUUGAUAUAACUAAUAUUUAAGUAUUAUAAGUCAGUCAAGACAUGACUAGUUUCUUAACUUAAAUUGUGAUAACUAAACAUGUUUUAAUCAAGUAGAAGUGUAUUAUAUAUGGUAAAUAAACGCUUUAUUAACAA